GCCCGCGCCUCCAUGCUGCCAUGGUCUACAUCUCGUCCUGGCAGGAGUAUCAGGAGGCGGCGGAGGCCCUCUAUGAGAAAUCUCCAAACACUGCACGAUAUUGCGUGAAAUGGAGGGCGGCAGACGGGAAACUAGUGCUGAAGAUUACGGACAACACGACAUGUCUCAAAUUCAAGACGACUUCUUCCGUCUUUCUCAACCGAUUUGAGGCCCUCAACCUCUCGCUAAUGCAGAAGAUGACGAAUCGACAAGCGAAGCCAAAGCCGGGGCCUCCGCAGCUCGACAUACAGCAUACUGCUGAGCAGGACCGAGCUGCAACGCCGGUACAGGGGGCCUCUGGUAUUUCCUCUGGAGGGGUCAAGAAGAAGAAGCCAAAAAAGAAGAAGUAGGGUCCGUCGGCCUCUUGCCCCCACGACUGCAUGUUGUAAUCCGCCCGCACAAAUUCCACCGCUGUCGUCCUUACAUACCGAUCUUGACCGUAGAGCCAUGUAUCAGUUAGUGUACGUAUUCGAUCUCUAUGUUCACUCGAUGGCGUUGCCGUUGAGGAAUCACGA